ACCAGCUGGUCCCCGCGCCCGGCGCCGCGCGCCGCCGCUCCGCUGCCCGGCCGCUCGGCUGCUCCGCCGGCGCCGCCGCCUCGCCCGCCGCGGCCCCUCGCAACUUGGCUGGCCUCGCCUUUGUCCGGCCCGGCCCGGCCGCCGCCUCCCGCCCGGCGCCGAGCUCCCGGUCCCCGGGCCGGCUGCCCGCGGCGGCUCGGAGCCGGCUGGGCGCGGAGGGGGCGGGGGCCGCGGCUCGCCCCCCGCCGAUGAGGCGCCGCGGAGCGCGGGCGGACGAUGGAACUCCACAUCCUGGAGCACCGGCUGCAAGUUGCCAGCGUCGCCAAGGAGAGUAUCCCGCUCUUCACCUACGGCCUGAUCAAACUUGCCUUCCUGUCCUCCAAGACCAGGUGCAAGUUCUUCAGUCUGACUGAGACACCGGAGGAUUACACCAUCAUCGUGGAUGAGGAGGGAUUCCUAGAGCUGCCCUCCUCAGAGCACCUGAGCGUGGCAGAUGCCACCUGGCUGGCCCUGAACGUGGUGUCCGGUGGUGGCAGCUUCUCCAGCUCCCAGCCCAUUGGCGUGACCAAGAUCGCCAAGUCGGUCAUCGCCCCGCUGGCCGACCAGAACAUCUCGGUGUUCAUGCUGUCCACGUACCAGACGGACUUCAUCCUGGUGCGUGAGCGGGACCUGCCUUUCGUCACCCACACCUUGUCGUCAGAGUUCACCAUCCUGCGGGUUGUCAAUGGCGAGACUGUGGCAGCCGAGAACCUCGGCAUCACCAACGGCUUCGUGAAGCCCAAGAUGGUCCAGCGGCCGGUCAUCCACCCGCUGUCCAGCCCGAGCAACAGGUUCUGUGUCACCAGCCUGGACCCUGACACGCUGCCUGCUGUUGCCACGCUCCUCAUGGACGUCAUGUUCUACUCCAAUGGAGUGAAGGACCCCAUGGCUGCCGGCGAUGACUGCGGCCACAUCCGCUUCUUCUCCUUCUCUCUCAUCGAGGGCUACAUCUCUCUGGUGAUGGACGUGCAGACCCAGCAGAGGUUUCCUAGUAACUUGCUGUUCACGAGCGCGUCUGGAGAGCUCUGGAAGAUGGUGCGGAUUGGAGGACAGCCCCUGGGAUUUGACGAGUGUGGCAUCGUGGCCCAGAUCUCCGAGCCCCUGGCCGCUGCAGACAUCCCCGCCUACUACAUCAGUACUUUCAAGUUCGACCACGCGCUGGUGCCAGAAGAGAACAUCAGCGGCGUCAUCAGUGCCCUGAAGGUCAGUCAGGCCGAGGAACACUAGAGGCCUCUCCUGCCGCCCCUGCCGCCACCCGGCCUGGGCCCGGCCCCCGCCCCGAAGCUUGUUCUUGCAGUAUUUCUCCACAGACUGGAAAAUCGGCCCGGGGACCCCCAAGGAAGGGGCCUCUGGGAGACCCCCAAUUGCCAACCCCUCCAGGCCUGGGGCCCAAGCCAAGGCCUCCCCGUGCCCUCUUGCCUUCCCGGAGCCCCCAGGCCCCCCGGAGAACGACCCGCCUCCUCCCCCCCAGCCCCACCCCUCAAAGAUGAUUUCUGAGGUCCAGGGAGCACGUGAGCCGAUCCACGCUCUCACCCGUCCUCGCCCGCAGCCAGGGCAGAUGCCAAAGGAAGCUGGUCCCUCCCACGAGACGCUGGUGUGCCGUUCCUCAUGUCCCCCCAGGGGGCUGGCAGAGGGGGGCUGAGCUUGUGGAGCCCCGGAAGGCCCCCCUGAGGGUGGAGGCCGAGUACUGUGGUCGCUGGUCCCUGGUCCCUGGUCCCAUCGGCUCAGGGCUGGUUCCCUCAGAGUGGAGGCCAGCGGGUCAGAGUGGCUGGUGAGGCUCAGACAGGAGCACGGCGGGGGCCCCGCGCUGGGAAGGACCCCAGCCGCCCUGCACCUCGCCUGCCAACCACAGGGCCUGCGCCCGACUCCCAGCACGACUGCCAAGCGGGGCCCUGUCCAGUCCUCCCCACCAUGAGCACUCACUCCUUGGGGAGGAGGGGCCCCGGGAGACCCACCAGCCUGGAGCACCGGCUCCUGUCCCUUCUUUCCCUGGACCCUACUUGGGCAGGCGGAGCCUCAGUUUCCCCCAGCGGGGGCAUCCCCCUGGGGGUUCUUAGGGGACUCCCCACCUCCCCAACAGUUGACUAGACCAGCACAGGCCUCCUGCCGUCCUCCCCUGCCCCGCUCCCCACUCACCUGCCUGCCCGCCCGCCCUGGGCCGGGGCCGUGGCGUUCAUGAGUACUUGACCUGGGAGGCAGCUUAACUGAGCCUUAAUAGAGAAUAUCGUACCUUG